AUGGCACCCUCGUUUGACUGGUGGGCAAAGGACAGCCAUAGAGGAACACCGGUGGUAGUCAAAAUGGAGAACCCAAACUGGUCAAUGGUGGAGCUUGAAGGUCCGUCAGAGGAAGAUUUCUUAAUCACUGACUCACCGAGUCGACUCGGCCGAGAUAAAUCACGUAACAAGAACGCUAAACAGCUCACAUGGGUCCUUCUCUUAAAAGCCCACAAAGCCGCCGGUUGCCUGACCUCCAUUGCCACCGCAAUGGUCUCUCUCGGCUCUGCCAUCAAGCGCCGCAUCCACUCUGGCCGCACUGAUAUCGAAACCACCGACAUCGACCGGGAAAACGAGAACCCAACCGUGAAAACAAAAUUCUAUACUUUCAUCAAGAUUUUUCUUUGGCUAUCAGUUUUGCUGUUAGGCUUCGAAAUUGCUGCUUAUUUUAAAGGGUGGCAUUUCGGAGCUCCACAUCUGCAAUUGCAGUACUUAUUAGCGACGCCGUUCGGGUUUAAAGAUAUCUUUGAUUCCUUGUAUUCACGGUGGGUUUUGUUUCGUGUGGAGUAUCUUGCUCCUCCUUUGCAAUUUCUAGCCAAUGCCUGUAUUGUGCUCUUCCUUAUCCAGAGUGUUGAUAGGCUUGUUCUUUGUGUGGGUUGUUUCUGGAUCCGGUUUAAGAAGAUUAAACCAAUCCCCAAACAAGACGCUGUUGCUGAUCUUGAAUCUGGUGAAAAUGGCUUCUUUCCUAUGGUUCUUGUCCAGAUCCCCAUGUGCAAUGAGAAAGAGGUUUAUCAACAAUCAAUAGCAGCCGUGUGUAAUCUGGACUGGCCGAAAUCGAAGAUUUUAAUACAAAUUCUAGAUGAUUCUGAUGAUCCAACUACGCAAUUGUUGAUUAAAGAGGAGGUUAAUAAAUGGCAGCAAGAGGGUGCCCGCAUUUUGUAUAGGCAUCGUGUAAUCAGGGAUGGUUAUAAAGCUGGAAAUCUUAAGUCUGCUAUGAAUUGUAGCUAUGUCAAAGACUAUGAGUUUGUGGCUAUUUUCGAUGCCGAUUUUCAGCCAAACCCCGACUUUCUUAAAAGAACAGUCCCUCACUUCAAGGAUAAUGAGGAGCUAGGGCUUGUUCAGGCAAGGUGGUCUUUUGUGAACAAGGAUGAGAAUUUGUUGACUAGGUUGCAGAACAUUAAUUUAGCGUUUCAUUUCGAAGUAGAGCAGCAAGUGAAUGGUGUUUUCAUUAACUUCUUUGGAUUCAAUGGGACUGCUGGGGUGUGGAGGAUAAAAGCUUUGGAAGAAUCUGGUGGUUGGUUAGAGAGGACUACUGUUGAGGACAUGGACAUUGCUGUUCGCGCCCAUCUUCAUGGCUGGAAGUUCAUUUUCCUCAAUGAUGUUGAGUGUCAGUGUGAAUUGCCUGAAUCAUAUGAAGCAUAUAGAAAGCAACAACACAGAUGGCAUUCCGGACCCAUGCAGUUGUUUAGACUUUGCUUACCUGCUAUUAUUCGAUCCAAGAUUAGCGUAUGGAAGAAAUUCAACAUGAUUUUUCUUUUCUUUCUGCUCAGAAAGCUGAUCCUGCCAUUUUAUUCGUUCACACUCUUCUGCAUAAUUCUCCCGAUGACAAUGUUUAUACCAGAGGCUGAACUCCCAGCAUGGGUUGUGUGUUACAUUCCAGCUACCAUGUCAUUUCUCAACAUUCUCCCAGCCCCCAAAUCCUUCCCUUUCAUUGUCCCCUACCUUCUGUUUGAAAACACUAUGUCAGUGACCAAGUUCAAUGCUAUGAUCUCUGGCCUAUUCCAGCUUGGCAGUGCCUACGAAUGGGUUGUUACUAAGAAGUCUGGCCGCUCCUCUGAGGGUGAUCUUGUUUCCUUGGAGCAUAGAGAGACAAAGCAUCAAAGGGGUUCUUCGGAGCCAAAUCUUGAUGAAUUGAAGGAAGAACUUAUGCAACAAGAUCAAAAGGCUAAGAAGAAAAGAAAGCAUAAUAGAAUAUAUAUGAAAGAGUUGGCACUGGCUUUCCUUCUUUUAACAGCUUCAGCAAGGAGCCUGCUCUCUGCUCAGGGUAUCCAUUUCUACUUUUUGCUAUUUCAAGGGAUAUCAUUCUUGCUUGUUGGUCUAGAUUUAAUAGGUGAGCAGGAUGCAUUCAGACGAGUGGUGUUCAACAGGAGGUGUGGUUGUGGCACAUCUGUAAAUUCGAGGGGCAUGGGGCAUUUGUUUUCCGUGGGGUUUUUCUUCAAUACGGCAGGGCAGUUUGUUGGAGGAUCCCAUGAAGGCAACAUCCUCAGCUACCAGCCUAGUCAACUAGCAUUACUUGCAGUAGAAGUGGAUCGACCUUUACGUAAUACCUCGGGAGUUGUGGUCCUUCCAUCCGACGCGAACGCGCGCCUUGCAAUUCUUGCAUUUGCAAACGAGGAACCACAGACACAAUCUAGGAUUUUUAGAUCUAUAACCUUCCUCAAGUUUCUCGAAAAUGAGGCUGGUACACUUGCUGUCUCAAGAUUCCGGACGGAUCAUAAGUUCAAAUUAAUUUCAGCAAUGUCAAAGAGGUCAUCAAAACAUUCUAGGCGAUAUGGAGAUAGUGGAGGAAUAGGUGCUCUAUUUGGCUUCAAUUCCCACUCACGUUCUUCUCCAUAUUUGCCUGUUGCUCUGAUUCUCCUGGGAGCAGUAUUUCUUUUUGCUUAUUUCUACAGCAGCUCAGGGAAAUUUGGUGGCAACAAACAGGCUUUUAACAGGGUUCAAGGUGAUUUUUCAUGCACAGUUGGUGUAGAACAAGCAAUCCCAAUUUUGAAGAAAGCUUAUGGAGAUAGCAUGCAUAAAGUUUUGCAUGUUGGGCCUGAUACUUGCUCUGUGGUUUCUCAAUUGCUAAAAGAAGAGGAGACCGAAGCCUGGGGUGUGGAACCAUAUGACAUAGAGGACGCUGAUGGUAACUGCAAGGCACUAGUGCGGAGGGGUGUUGUGCGUGUUGCUGAUAUCAAGUUUUCUCUUCCUUACAGACCAAAAUCAUUUUCUCUCGUAAUUGUGUCAGAUGCAUUGGAUUACUUGUCACCAAGAUACCUCAACAAGACAAUUCCAGAUUUGGCUAGGGUAUCAGCUGAUGGUCUUGUAAUAUUUACAGGCUUUCCAGGUCAACACAGAGCUAAAGUUGCUGAAGUGUCCAAAUUUGGAAGGGCGGCGAAAUUGAGGAGCUCAUCUUGGUGGGUACGGUUUUUUCUUCAGACCAGCUUAGAAGAAAAUGAAGCUGCCGGUAAAAAAUUUCAGCAGGCUGCAACUAAGAGGUCACACCACCCAAGUUGCCAAAUUUUCCACCUCAAGCCAUUCAAUUGA